CCACGGAUCACACGCCUUCCCAGCUGGUUCUGGCCGCAGCCCAGCUCCUCCCUGCUCUCUCUCUUCCUCCGCCUGACCCAGCUCACAAAUCCCUGCUUUGUUCCUUCCAACCUUCGCUGGACCCCAGGGAUGGCUCUGCAGGAUGUGUGCAAGUGGCAGGCCCCCGACACCCAAGAAGCCUCACCUCACCUGCCUCAGGCUGGUGGCUGGGCUGUGCCCCAGGGCUGGGACCCUCAAACCUUCCUGCAAAUCCAUGGCCCCAGGCUGGCCCAUGGUACCACGACCCUGGCUUUCCGCUUCCGUCAUGGAGUCAUCGCUGCGGCUGACACGCGGUCCUCCUGUGGUGACUACGUGGCCUGUCCAGCCUCACGCAAGGUCAUCCCUGUGCAUCAGCACCUCCUGGGCACCACCUCUGGCACCUCGGCCGACUGCGCCACAUGGUACCGGGUGCUACAGCGGGAGCUGCGGCUGCGGGCACUGAGGGAGGGUCAGCUGCCCAGCGUGGCCGGCGCCGCCAGACUCUUAUCAGUCAUGAUGUCGCGCUAUCGGGGGCUGGAUCUGUGCGUGGCCACUGCCCUGUGCGGCUGGGACCGUUCCGGCCCUGCCCUCUUCUACGUCUACAGCGACGGCACCUGCCUGCAGGGGGACAUCUUCUCGGUGGGCUCUGGAUCUCCCUAUGCCUAUGGUGUGCUAGAUGGCGGCUACCACUAUGACAUGAGCACCCAGGAAGCCUAUGCCCUGGCCCGCCGUGCUGUGGCCCAUGCCACCCACCGUGAUGCCUACUCGGGGGGCUCCGUGGACCUCUUCCAUGUGCGGGAGAGUGGAUGGGAAUAUGUGUCCCGCAACGAUGCCUGGGUGCUGUACUCGGAACUGCGGAAGCUCCCAGGGCUGGGGCCAGAGCAGGAACAGGAGGAGGAGGCCACCCCGGACAGAGCCGGUGAAGGCGGAGAACCGUCUGUGGCACCAGCCCCGGGGGACUCGAGGAUGCCCGCAGAGGCGCUGUGAGCAGCAGCAGGACCUGGGGGCCCAGCCCCGGGAGUGGGUGGCAGAUGGGGCCGCAGUGGGGGCAGACUCAUGGCGUCUGGCUCCUGCUCUCGUGGGUUGCCGGCUUCAUUUGUUGCAAGUCUCCAUCCCUUUCUCCUCCCGGAGCCAUUGAGGCUCUCUCCGACAUGUUCCUGUUGGCGCCCAAUAGAUUGAUCCAGCCUCC